AUGCUCAAGUUUAGGACUGCCCACCUUCGUUUUACUACGUUCCUACGUCGUCAGGCCUGGGAAUUACGUCAGUUGCAAUGCAAUUGGACGUCACUAAGUCUCUUGUUAUUGUUUGGACUGAGCUUUCUAAGUUUUGGACUCUGGCUUUUUCCUCUCACACGUCUACCGAUCAAUGUCUGGACAAAAGACUCGAAUGUUUUGCGAUGGGGCGUCAAUGACGCCGUUGUGCUUCUAGUUGGUCAAGACUUGCAAAGGUCCUUACCACUUGAUUAUGUGUAUCCCAAUGGGGCCGAAAACAAGUUUACUUGUGACUUACCAGCACUUCGCUAUCAAUGUGACAUGGACAACAUUGAGGGUUGUAAGAGUUAUCCACAGCUAUUCCCAUCUGCAGCAUUGUUUGAAAAUUGGAAUCCUGAAAAUACGGAUCAAAUACCUCAAACCAUCUUUGAUAGUAUCUGUCACUUUAAUGUUUCUAAUCCGUAUGAACUACGUCUUGCACAAAUGUUUCGGGAAAUGGAAGUACCGUUCGUAGCUUAUGGAGUACCUGAGCUUCUGAAAGCUAGCGAGCAGUGGACGGACGAGUAUCUAACGGAAAAAUUAACCCCGACGACACCGUACAAGGUCCACAUUGCUAACAACAGCCACUAUAUGUAUUUUUCCAAGAAACAGCGUAUUAAAGGCGAGAAACGUCCGUACACGUCGAAGUGGAUGACAUAUCCGCAGUUUGUCAAAAUACUGAAGGACGUCAAGUUGCUUCAUGAGGCUGGAAAGCCCCAUGAGUACUAUUACUUUAUGCUUAAGACUACCGAUUUCUUCGAACACGCGUCGUUCAUUUAUGAAGAGCUUCGGUUCCUGAACCCGCUGGCAACGGAGCAUGAUUCACGAUACGGCGACCUUUUUGUUCGAGACUAUGCUAUAGCCAAGGAAAUUGGCAUGCGCUGUCGUCUCGGAAUGCAAGGUAUUAUUGCCGAGGGUCACGUUGAUAGCGGUUUAAAUUUUGUCUCGAUGAUCCGUGGAACCAAACGUUAUGUGCUCGCACCGCCCAGUGUCUGUAAAUGCCUAGGGCUCAUUAAGCAGGGGGCAAUCGUGGCGCUUACUGCUGGCGAAGUUUUGUACAUUCCGCCGUUUUGGUAUCACCACAUCGUGUCGACAGACACUAGUAUUCAGUGCAAUCUUCGCUCUGGAUUUAUUGAUCGUAGCAAUACACAAGACAUUCUCAGUAAAUGUGGGUUACCGGUGAUGCGGAAACAAACGGUGUGA